UAUGUUUGCCGUUAGAGGCGACUGACGUGACAUGUCAUCUUAUGCCAUGCCUAGAAUAAUUAUCAAGCCAUCUAUCACUAGUUAGAUUGUUUGGUCCAGAUUCGAGUAUUUACAUAUCGAGGUCAUACAGCUGAGAACAUUCUGAGAGCGUCGUUAACCAAGAAACAAACAAAUACUUACAUACAGAAGAGACUUCACAGACAGGCAGAACGGAAAUGCAGAUUCAAGGAGUUAUAGCAAAAAUGAACUUCAAAGAAUGGUCCAUCGCGACUCCGGAGGCAAGGAGGGCCGCCAUCAGGGAGAUGAAGAAAGCUGGCUUGGCUGAGAAAAGACGCCUAGAGAGGGAAGGGCUCCUCCCCGACUAUGAUUACCCCGACCCCAAGGGAACACACAGAUCGUCAGGACAGAAGAGAAAACCAAUCACCGUCCUCAACGACAACCCAGGACCGUGUUACUACAUCGACACGCCUACGCGUCCUGGAGUGUCUAUUUGCGGACGACCUCGUGAUUGGAACCGGACGAUGUUAAUAGACGGAGAUGACCUCAACACCAACGUCACGAACUACAACGACGGUAGUCAUGCGUCAUCUCUCCCCGUUGCCACAACCGCUGGCUGGAAUGAGAACAGACUCAGGAAGGAGAGCGUGUAUCAAAGCACCCACAAUGCUCAAGCUCUGACAGACAAGAAAAUAAAACCAGAAAAAAGGAUUGCGUUAAAGAAGCGGGGUUUGUCUCCGGAAAAUGGACACAAGUGCGAGGGAACUGUUGACCCUACUACAGUACGCCUGUUACCGUCUGUUAAAUGUUAUCCACAAAACCCUGGGCCUGGCGCGUACGCCCCCGAACAUUGCAGGGUAGCCUUAUCUCAUUAACCAGCGUUUUCCAUCACCGGACGUCACCGUCCAUUCCUCAAUGAUGGCAGUCUUCAAGUGACUGAUGCCGGGCUUGUUGGGCAUCAGUAAAUACUUGCCUGGAUCCCAGCGUGACAUUGUAUAUCAACAGUUGCUUUCUUAGAGUUCACAAAAACUGAAUAAAAACACAUCUGAGACUAACUGGACUAUUCCUAUUAAUAGAAUUGUAAGAACAAAGACGUGUCCCAUUCUUUAUAUCGUUGGUCUUCAAGUUCGUUUGAGAUUCAGUAUGCAUUCGUAGUUGUUAAGGAUUUGGGUUAGUAAAGAGGUUUUAUUGACUGUGGUAAGAGACCUGAAGAGGUUCGUGUGGUCGGGUUCGGGGAUUUGAUCGUCAGUCAUCGCAUCCUGAUGGCGUGGGGCGUCAACACCAACCACUGGUAUGUCCAUCCCGAUUGUUCACAUGCUGAAUCUAUGUAUCUAGACUAUUACUGACUAGCAUAAACAAUACUCGGUCCUGUCAGAUGAAUGUGUACUUAUAGAUCAGUGAUUAACGCAUAGGGAGAACGUGAUAAAGGUUAAUAAAGCACAAUAAUUAUCCCUCUUGUAAAUAUGUUGUCAGUUAAGAAUGACAGUAUGGUUGUCAACGGUUUCGAGAUCAUGUGACAAUAAACCGUUUGGACUUUG